UCCCGAACAUUGAUUAUGUAACACGAAUGCAAAACGCAACGUAACUAUGUGAAGGAAACCGAAAUACAUGGCUAACACGUUUUCAGCUUUCACGACACUCUUUGCUAUAUUUCUUCUCGUUGGCAGGCCCACCUAGACUUCUGCUCUCAAGAACGUGCCCAGUGACAGACGCGCCCCCUCCAGAUCCAGGCACAUCAAAAUUCGAAAGACCGCUCUCCUGAUACGUUGUAUUAUUGUCGAUACUUGCAAUGGCUGCUGCUAAAGGUCCACCGACGGGCCCACCUGCACCCGCACUUCCUCCGCACAAACGAUCGACGAAUUAUGGGUACUACGACCCGAUGGAUGCUGGUGGGAGUAUGCUUACUCAAGUCCAGGACACCUAUCCGUCAGGCCUUGGAGAACCCAUGAAUGUCAUCAUCUCUGCCUACUCUGAUUCUCGGGUGCUGCAGAAUACUUUGGCAAACGGCGGUCUUAUCAAUUAUUUUCAAUCAUUCGGGUUCUCGACCGAGUGUUUGGGACAGAGUGACGAUAGUGUGCAAACUGCUAAUCUUGGCGACGGGAGCGGUUACUUAAACCAGACUGCCGUCAUUCGGUGGGACUACGGUGAUGCUAACCUUGGAACUUGCCAAGAGACGGUCGAAGGAGGGAACCACUUUCGCUAUUGGGUACAAAAUGGGCCAAGCGCUGACUCGGGUGCAAUAUUCAUGGCAACUUCAUAUGAAAUGCCUAUUGCCGAGCAGCAUAAUAUCAUAGUCAAUGGCUAUAACCUAGGUCGAGACUGGCUCGUCGGGAAUGCUACUUCUCAGUCGACAAUUCUUCCAACAGCAAACAUGACCAACACAUCAACGUACUCGGGGCAAACAUCCUUUAAUAGUUUUACCUAUGCGACCACUGCGACGUACGUCUCUGGGUUGCUACAGAACACUAGCGAUGGCAUCAAUCACUAUCAGAGUGUCCCUGUCAAUGGCCAAAAUGCGAUCGAUGGACUGGUGGCGGUAUUAACCGUUAAGAUGGUCCAGCAGGCAGGUAGUUCAAGCGGUGCGGAAUGGACAUAUCAUCCCAAAGGACUUUCGUGGACACUCCUUGCAAUGGCAUGCACGAUACUCGUGUCAUUGCUCUAGAUUUACGGACCCCAUUAUAGAUAUUCUCGAACAAUGGAUACGCUACACGAUAUUACCUCGGACAUAGUUCUUGAACGACGAUCCUUUAUUCCCAACCAUGUCUGCAGGUAUACCUCCGCAUAUUACAUUUCUUCCCUGAUCUCACCAGCUAGCUGAUACUCAUGUGUAUACUACUACUUAUUCCUUCACUUGUAAGUCCAGUCCUCAGACCACGACUUCUGCAACCUAGACAUUCUCACUUUGACGGAUUACUUAUAUUUAUGUCUUUCAUCAGCUACGCUUGAGUGCUGAUAAUAUCAUGACCUCGCUCGUAUGAGCUGAUCGUUUUCUG